AUGCUUCCUUUUUAUCAUUUAUGUUUUAUUUCGAUCUUUGCAAUCAGCAUACAAGCAAAUCACUUCCGCGGUGGUACAAUUACUUGGAAACCGAUUAAUAACAAUGUCUCCGCCAAUGCGACAGUUUCUGUCAUGAUUACUCAAACGUAUAUAUGGACUUGGCCGCUAAUAAAUUGUACUGAUGCUAUGAUCGCUGCUCAAUCACCUCCUAUAGAUCUUACAGGUAAAUCAGGCGAUGGAGACCUGCUAAUGUGUUAUGACAACUGCUCUACAUCAGGUGGCUAUGUUGGCCAUGAAGUGCCUAUUACGGGCUACUGCACUGAUUUUUCUGCUGCACUUGAUGUAACAGUAAGUCAACGAUCCGAUAUAGUCAAUCUCACUGUUCGAGCUUUUUUCCUGGUAGAAUUCGCUACUAGUGGGAAUUGGCAGCUAUUAGCACUUGGUAGCUCUACCGGCUGGAGUCUUUCUUCAUUGAUCGAUUUAAAUAUUAGACCCGACAAUGGAUUGAUUAAUACAGCGCCUGUAGCUACAUGUAUUUCAUACAUUAGUAUACCUGUGAAUGUUCAACAAACAAUUCAAAUUCCAGUUCUUGAUGCUGACAAUGAUAUUGUUCGAUGUCGUUUUGCAAGUGGAACAUCCGAAUGUGCAAAUGCUUGUCCACCAACAUCGUUGCCAACAGGUACAACGCUAUCUUCUUCAUGCAUGCUUACGAUCACUGGACCUACUGCUGGAAACUAUUAUCUUGUUGCAGCUCAGGCCGAAGAUUUUAUAACAAAUGCCAGCACCAAUCCGAUGAGUUCUGUUCCAAUCCAGUUUUUAGUUUACGUUUAUGCUGCCACCAAUUGUACCAUUAAACCUCUGCUACUCUCAGACAUGGCUAGUGGUGAUUGCUUAGGAGCCGAAGUUGGUGUUAGUGUUGUAAUGCACUUCACAGCUGUUAACCUUUGCGGUAGCGAUAGGGAAAUUAUUGAUAUUGCAACUUUAUCCUUUCCAACUAUAAUCAAAAGUGCCGUAGUUCAGAGUCCUACGAAUGCAUCCAUAUGGUCAAUGGAAAUGACAUGGAUACCAUCAGCUAUGCAAGUCGGUUCACAAGUUUUGUGCGCAGUCGCCUGUGACAACGCAAGCGUACAAUCAGAUCAGUAUUGUAUAACAAUAUUUGUUGGUCUCUCAAGUGUUCCGUUAUGUCCAGGUGCAACAGCUGGACCAACAACAACAACGACGACAACAAUCGAAACAACAACAAAUAUUUUGAGUGAAUCUUCAAUAAAACAAAUACACGAUUCAACUGCUGAUAUUACAACGAUGGAAAUGUCUACUUCAACCGAUGUUCAAACAAGUAGAGUAGGAGCUUUUAGUAAACGUCGAAAAAAUGUUCGAGAAUUAGAAGGCAUUCCGAUUUGGGCUCAGCAACGGAGAAAGUCUCAUGAGAAACUUCAGAGAGAAGAAAACCAAAAGCAAACCUCUCGCCUACAGCAUAGCAGAAGUGCAAACGCGGAUUGUGAAUCACGAAUAUCAAGUACUGUCACUCUUACUAGAGUAAAUCUUAAAGCGAGAUCGUCUGCUGACAAUGUGGAAAUUAUGGGUAGAAAGGAUUUAUUUACAACUAUGUCGGAUUAUACACUACCAUCUGACAAUGUACAAUCACCUAUAUCAGAUGAAAUGUCAAAUGAAGAUUGCACGAAGGUUUCAGAUAUUUUGCAAGAUUAUGAUUCUCCAGAGAGCACUUCUCUAUUUGGAUCACCAACACCAGAAAUGGACCCUGCCAGAGUCGUACGAGUUCCUCGUAUGUCUAAACCGUCAGUUGUGCCAAAUACACAGAGAUUUACCAUGAGUAUUGAAUUAGAAGUGACAAAUAUUUCAAACAACGAUCUCAAUGAUGGCGAAAUACAAAAAUUCGAUCGAUGCAGUCAAUUGAGAGUACCCGUUACUCGAAUCAAACGAUUGUGA